AUGGGGGGAACACCUACGCUGGAGGCUCCGCACGCUUCAGCUCUGCAGGGCACACUGAGCGCCAUUAACAACUGGAAGAAUGAAGAUACAAAGCUCUCACUAGACGGUGACAGUCUCGAUGUGGCUGCCAUUAUUGCUAUUGCUCGUCAUGGAUUUGUGCCUCGUAUCAAGGAGGACGCGGCGCUCAGAGAGAGAAUAAACCAGAGCGUCAAGGUUCUCGACCAUCACAUCGAGAAUGGCUGGGUUGUAUAUGGUGUCAACACCGGCUUUGGUGGCAGCGCAGAUUCACGCACAGAGCAGCUUAAGAAACUCCAGAUUGCUUGCCUCCAACACACACAAAGCGCCAUCAUCACCAGCUCUGACCGAGGAGAGUCCCAGAUUGACCAAGAUGGACAGUCCCACGUCAUUCCCAAGGCCUGGGUAAAAGCUGCCAUGGUCAUUAGGGCUAAUCAGAACUUACGAGGUCAUAGUGCAGUUAGGCUUGAGCUCAUUGAUACUUUAUUGGACCUUCUUCGUCACGACAUCACGCCUUUAGUUCCUCUAAGGGGAACAAUCUCGGCAUCGGGUGAUCUCAUGCCGCUAUCAUACAUAGCAGGUGCUCUGAUAGGAGAUCCAAACAUAUCAGUCAGCAUUGGAUCCGGGACGAGCCGAAGGGUCUUGUCUGCUCGGGAUGCCCUAGAACAAAACGGUAUCACACCUGUCGAAUUGCAGCCAAAGGAGGGACUUGGUCUCAUCAAUGGGACUGCCCCAUCUGCUGCACUGGCUAGCUUGGUAAUCUACGAGGCAAAUCAACUUGCAAUCCUCUGCCAGGCUCUAACUGCUUUCACUUCCGAGUGUCUCGGCGGUAACGUUGAGUGGGCCCAUCAGUUUAUACACAGGAUACGGCCUCAUGCUGGGCAGAUCGAAGUAGCUCGCAAUAUACGGCAGUUUUUGCAGUCGUCGGAUUUCGUUAUCGGACUGGAAACUAAGAAGAGAAUGGGUCAAGGCCUCUGGCAAGACCGGUAUUCUACAAGGACAGCACCUCAGUGGAUGGGCCCUUAUCUAGAGGACCUCUUGCUGGCUCAGAGGCAGAUUGAAGUUGAGCUCAACUCAACCUCAGAUAACCCGGUCAUUGAUUCUGGCCUUAACGACGACCCAUCAGACGGAGAUGUCUACUCAGGGGGUAACUUCCAAGCGACUGCAAUAACAUCGGCCAUGGACAAAACCAGAAAUGCAUUGCAAAUGAUAGGUCGAAUGAUUUUUUCCCAAUGUACUGAGCUGAUCAACCCGACCACGAACCACGGCCUCGAUCCAAACCUUGUCUUCGGAGACCCAGGCCAGUCUUAUACAAUGAAGGGCAUCGACGUCAACAUGAGCGCUUAUAUGUCGGAACUGGCUGCUCUCGCUCAUCCUGUGUCUGCCCACGUACAGUCCGCCGAGAUGCAGAAUCAGGGCAUCAACUCGCUUGCUUUUCUCUCGGGUCGUCGGACCAUGGAGGCAGUGGACGUUCUUUCACACAUGUGUGCUGCUCACGUAUACGUCUGUUGUCAAGCAAUCGAUCUUAGAGACUACCACGAGCGUUUCCUGAGAUCAGUUUCGUUGUCCCAACAGCUGAAGCAGAACGCCUUUGGGCUCAAUGGCUCCCAGAUGACAAAACUGACUGCAGGGUUAGAUGAAUUAGUCUGGACUUGGUGGUUUGAGGCCAACAAGGCCGAUCAUUUACAACGUUGCCCAAUGGUAGCUUCUAGAGCUACCUCUCACAUAGUUAACUUCUUGGCCGAGGAGGAGAUAGAUGGCGUCUCAUUGAACUGCGUGCUGGGUGUCCAGCGCGACUUUCAGCAAAGCAUGGAGUCAUGGCUCUCGGACCGAUCCAACAACCCUCCGAUAAUUGAUCAUUCUGGUUCUGGGGAUAAACUUUCUGUCCAUUUGGAGGGGCUAGGCAAGGGCUCCGCAAUCCUUUACCACUUUGUACGUGGACAAUUGGGUCUCGGCUUCCACCAGGGGCUUAGGGAAGAACAAAAGAGAACCAUUGGCGGAAACGUAUCUCAGAUAUACGAAGAAAUCCGAAAAGGCUCUAUUGUCCCCAUGUUGUUGCCGUUGCUCGACAUCGGCAACAAACAGAAGCCGUCAAUAGGCGGGCAGGACACACCAGCUAGCAGCAGCGAUGAUGGUGUCGGUUCGCCAGUUUAG